AUGAUAAUUCUGCGUCGCACCAAUGCUUGCCUGUCCGCGAAGAAAAUUCCCUUCGUGUUGUGUGGCUCGCGUUUUUCGCCGGCUGUGUUGCGCGCCGAGUUGGCGGCCAUUGAGGGCGGCUUCCAGCGAGAGUUCCCUGAUGCUUCGCUGACCUCGCCUUUAAGUGGUGAUGUGGUGCCGUGCGCCAACACCACACCACAUAAGAAGCAGAAGAGGCGCGCGUUUGAUGUCAUUGUUCGCUGGUGUGGUGCGCACCAGAAGGCGGCUAUGCAAUCGGCGUUGCUCUCUGACAUGAGAGAGGAGCCGCCCAAUACCGUUGCUUCUGUUUUUAAUUCGCCGUCUCAUGAGGCAGAUGAGGCGGCGAUGCGGUGGCUGGAGGGGUCUUCUGGUUUCCUAACGUGCGGGCAAACGCUGCUUGUGUGCAGUUUUGUUUGUGAGGUACUCCUCUGCCGUCUUGAUGCUGCAGCUGCGGCACCUGAGGCGGCGGCAGAUAAUGCACUCCGACAGCAGGUGGGGGAGCUCACGAACAGAAUCGUUGCGCUGCUUCAGCGUGCCAAUGCAAGCGACAAACUUGAGACACAACCACUUUCUAUACUCAUGAGCUGCACCUACGGCGUGCAUCGCCUUGCCUCAUCGGAGAGUGAAUUGCUUGGAGAGGCGGAGAGAGCAUUACUGAGAACACCAACGGCGUUGAUGUUUGCUGUUUUGCAUCAACUGCGCGGUGAUGCCCUGGUGAAGCUCUUUGAACUGGAGGCGCGGGCAGCUGUGGAUGUGUGCUUGUCUUUUUUGUACAUUGCAGACGAGGAGCGGCGGCAGAUGUUUCUCACCGGGGGUGAUACAGUGCUUAUGAACACCAUCCUGCGUCGCCUGGUACGAUACAUCGCCUCAUCAACGAAGCAGUUAAAAGAGACAACAUUGGAUGAAGACUUCGCUGGUCUAUUGCAAGCCAGCACUUCAAAAAGACCAUCAUUGUGCGGUGCGAAGGGAGGGACAAUUGCCCAUUCUCCGUCGAUGCGGGAGUGUCUUGCCAUCAUGCAGAAUAUCGCUUUUAGUUCCGCAGCAUAUAGAUUAGAGGUGCUGACGUAUCUUCUGUGUGUGCGACGGAGCCCGGCGCUUUACACGCAGGAUGAAGUUCGGCUCCUGCCCAGUGUGUUGCAGACGGUAGCGAAUAUUCGCUCAGAGGAAUGCCGAAGCCUCAGAGCGAAGGUAAUUUUCCAGACCCCGUUUCCGGAGGAUGACCCUGCGCUUGUCGCCGAGCUUUUCAGUCACGCCCCUCACAAAAAGGCGCCUCACCUCACAUACUUGAAUUUGGUGGAAGAUAACUGUCUUUCGUCGGCAGACGCAAUGAGGGUCAUCCUCUCUGCUGGUGUUCAUCUUGACUGGGAGGCUUUCCAGCGCUUUGUCGCUUCGGCUCUUCCCAACAAUACAGCAGGGACAUCUUUGCCAAAACAGUUGUUAAGUGAUGCGAUGGAGUGCGUCUUGUCGACAUUGCUUAAACGUAUGGCGGAGAUGCCGCAUGAUACAGAAAGAGAUGAAACCCGUGAAUAUGCACUACGGCUUGCCAGAAGCAUUGACUGGGCUGCUAGCAAACCGCCUGUAUCGGCCAGGCUUGCGUUACAGCGGCUCGUACUUCUCACAGACUUGUCAAAUAGUGGAUUCCCUGUGGAUGCACCAGAUGCUGUCUUGGCACUGUCUGAACGAGCGCUAGACCUUGAGUCGGGAAGCAGCAUGACACACACACUCAGGUGUGUCAUGGAGGCGUUGCCACUGGUGCCUGACAACGAAAGACGUCAGAAGAUUGUAGAGUGUAUGCUUCGUUACAACGGCACCCGAUCAUCGUCGUCUGUGAUACGCUGCAUCGCGUUCCUGACACCCCUUAUAGUUGAGCAUGGUCUGCAAAGAGGCGAGCUGGUCCAGCAGAUGCUGAAGAUGCAGACGCUGAAUCCCCUCAAGUUGCGCCAGAAUUCAAUUGAGGGAAUGGAGAAUGACACUGAUGUCUUCACGUUGUUUAUCAUUCAAGCCAUGAAUUACGUCUUGGCGAGUGAAGAGUGGCGCACGUCGACGGAUCGGAUCCGUGAAGUGAUGUCCCUUUGGAUUCACGAUUACCUUCGCUAUGUGAUGGACCUCUCACGGAGGCACGCACUCACGGAGGAGUCAGCACAGAGGAAUAGCGAAGCGGCGUCAUCUCACGUUAACCGUGAGGAAACGACCGUUACAACAGUACCAACAACAACAAAAAUAGUGUCGGUCGCUGCCUCUUCUUUAGUAGGACCCACACACGAGCGCUUUGAGGAGGUGCUUGUAUGUGUUCUGCGUGCUGGUGUGAAGAUGCCAGACUUUUUUGGAUCCGAAUUGUCCAUUCGUGUGCGGCAGAUAGAGCGGGAUGGAGCGUCUGUCAACGGGACGAAGUGUAAAACGAACUUUCCCCCGCCUGGACACUUUGUGUUCUGCUGCAAACUCGAUAUCGCUAUGGACUCACCGCUUUCAUCGAAGCUGCUAGAGUACCUCCUCACCACUUGUGACUGCCGCACGCUCCACCUUGUCAUCAUCGCGUUCCUCACAAAUGCCAAGGUUUCGGCUCAGGAUGCUCGUUUGUCUUUGGUGGCAAACCUGCGAUUGGCCUCUCACUGCCUAGAGCUUUUCCUGCGUCGCGUUGACGAAAUGGGCGAUGCCACGGAGAAGGUCUUCCGUCCCUCGUCUUUGUCAUCAGUCUCGGCCAAUAUGCUACGCUUCAUCGUUGGGUACCUUACCAAACAGGAAAGAAAUCGGCGUGUACUUGAGCGCCUUCACGACCCGCAACAUGAGGAGACGAAGGAGCCGAAGGAGAAUGAAGUUGACAGCCACUUGGUUACGGAACAGGCGCGUAUUGAGACGUUGUUGACACGUGUGCUGGUGUGGCUGUCGGCGGCGCAUGUGAAGGAUCUGGGUCUGCUUCUACUGGAUCGGAUGGCUCAGUUGGCUCCUGCGGCUGCCGAAUACCUCCUCCUUCGCCUCACCAGCCAACUGGAGGAGUUCACGCAGGUGGAAUUGUUUUAUCUUGCGCGUAAGUGCCCAAAAUCUCAGGACCUUGUCAUGAAGGAGCUAAAGAAGUACGAUAUCGCUCUUUCCGUUGACCUCAGUGAUCAUGUGCGCGUGGCGGGGAGUCUCCCAAUGGCGAUCAACGAGAUGGUCAUUGAAGCGCACUUGCCAAGUAUCAGCUUUCAUUGGUGUACACGACUCCUCUCUGCAUUGUCCGUGCGACACGAGACCAUACCAAUGCAUCUGUUGGCAUCCAUUUUGCGCAGACUUGAGGAGGAGACUGAAAAUGCGACUGUGAUGGACCGCAACGUUGCUCUUGUCGUAUUGCAGAAAUACCUCAACUUUGAACAUCCACUAAAAGACGAAACUGAGUCGUGUGAACGACGUCGCCUCAUUGAACGAACUUUUGACCAGUUGCUGGUGCUAGAAGGCAUCAACUCGCUGGACACUCUCUCCGGUUUCUUGUCUGAGUUCCCGGAUGCGCUUCGUGGUAUUGCUGGCGACCGCAUAACCGAGCACGUCUUGCAAGCUGUAUUCCCAGGGAUGCUGACAGAUUUGGAAGGCCUCCUCACUCUGUGUCGUCUACUGCAUAAGCACAAGCUGUUGAGCAGGAAUGUGAGACUGGGCGUUGCGGAGGGAUUCUUUGUGAAGACACUGCGCGUAGAGUCUGCCAAUGCUCACGGCGAUGAUACCGAUGAUAGUGUCAAGGGUACAGUGUCUACUUCUUCACCACAGUCUGCAACAUCAUUAGUGGUGGGUGCGACGUACCCGUUGGGUAAUGUACUGGCUUUGGCCUUGCUGUUGAGUACGGCUGCGGUGCAGCCCGUGGUGACAUGUGACAGGGAUGCAGUGCUGACAGGUAGAAAUGAUGAUGAGCACGUGGAUACCUGUGUUCUGCAGGCUGUGAAGGAGCGUUACUCCUCUUUGCAGGAUCGAUUGAUUAUUGUAAGUGCGCUGGUUGAGCAGAGAGAGACAGCUGGAACUGCGCGCACACAAUGCAUGGUGGCGGAGGAAAUAUGUGAAGAGUUGAUUCAGGACUGCGAAAAGUUGACACCCAGUGAAUUCUCCCGACUUCUUCAGUGCAUCAGCCGACUGAAGUGCUGGCACAUGGUGAAAUUGCACAGCGCAAACUUUGGAUCUCUGCUCCAGCAGACUUGCCGGCAAGCUGAUGCCCAUAGCCGUUGUGUUGUUUUCAAGGCUGUCUCCUUGGAGGCCGACUUAUUUCGUAACUACGAGUCAUUCAUGAUGCCACUGCUGACGGAAGUGGUGGACGUCAUGUCAAAGGAGGACCUCGAAAUGGUACUAUCUGCAGUGCUCAGCCUGCCACUCACGGAACCACUGGAGUCACUGAUUGACGCCAUGGGUACGCGCGUACUCGCUAUGGUGGAUCAGUGCAGGCGUAGCACACUGAUACGUAUGCUGCAGUGCCACGCUGCCUUUGGGCUGCAGGAUGACGUGCUCGUGGGGCGUCUUCUCACCGCACUGGAGGAGCAGUGUGGGCGAGAGGCGCGCCUCGACACCACACAGGUGCUGACGCUGCUACAGGCUGUAGUGGACUUGGAUGUGCCGAUUCCAGCGAAAUUGGCCAUUACUUGCUUUAUGUGGCUAGAGCAUCACGUAGAAAGUAUGACAACCUCGCAGCUUGGGCAGGCUGCCCGCCUGGCGGUGAAUGUGGAGAUGGGGUACACCGCCUCUGUGCACACUGUGGCGAUGCGCGCGCUGGAGCAGCGUGACGCAAUUCGGAGUAAUGCAGCUUUCCGCAACUCAGUGGAGUUGCUUUGUGAUGAGUUCAGUGUGGAAACACCGUGGCACCUGAAGGCUGCAGUGUUGCGGCGGCGCUACCAGGCGGGGCGCCUCAAGGAUUACUGCGACAAGCGGCGGUCUGCAGGCGUAUCGGCAUCGCCAGCAACAACUCUUUCUGCUGCAGAAGCAUAA